CUUUCCCUCUCCCCGCAGCGCUGAAGGUGCAGCUGAACGCUAAGCUCUUCGGGCAGCACCUGGCCAAAGAUGUGGUGCUGAAGGCGGUGAUGGGCUUCAUCAACAACCCCAGCCCCAAGAAGCCGCUGACGCUCUCACUCCACGGCUGGGCUGGCACCGGCAAGAAUUUCCUCAGCCAGAUCCUGGCGGAGAACGUCCACCGCGCCGGCCUGCGCAGCAAGUUCGUGCAUCUCUUCCUGGCCACCCUGCACUUCCCCCACCACGACCAGCUCAAGCUGUACAAGGAACAACUGCAGAACUGGAUUCGGGGCAAUGUCAGUGCCUGUCCCCACUCUGUCUUCAUUUUUGAUGAGAUGGACAAAAUGCACCCAGGUCUUAUUGAUGCCAUCAAGCCGUUCUUAGACUAUUAUGAGCACGUUGAUGGGGUGUCCUAUAGGCAAGCCAUCUUCAUCUUCCUCAGCAAUGCAGGUGGGGACUUAAUUAAUAAAGCAGCUCUUGACUUCUGGACAAGUGGAAAGCUCAGGGAAGAGAUUCAGCUGAAAGACCUGGAGCCCAUGCUAUCUGUAGGAGUCUUCAAUAACAAGAAUAGCGGACUGUGGCACAGCAGCCUCAUCGACAGGAACCUCAUUGACUACUUUGUCCCCUUCCUGCCCCUGGAGCACAAGCACGUGAAGAUGUGCAUCCGGGCUGAAAUGAGAGCCCGUGGCUAUGCUGUGGAUGAGAAGAUUGUUCAAGCAGUGGCUGAUGAGAUGACGUUCUUCCCGAAAGAGCAAAAAAUCUACUCCGAUAAAGGCUGCAAGACUGUACAGGCCAAGCUGGAUAUUCAUGAAGACGUCGUGACGAGACAUAUGAGAGCCAAGGGUUGA